GGGUAAAUGUCAUUUUUUUCUUCAUUUAGUAAACAAGUUUGGAAGUCCAGUAACCACACUUGUUAGUACCUACUACCUAUACAAUGCAAAUCGCAAGUGUUGUGCACUGAAAGCUAUAGUGACUAGAGCUAGGUUGACAUCAAGCAAAUUAUCAUAUGCAGUGUUACUCGUUAUGCAUUUGAAGUUUUGUGCAUGCAAUUUUGUAAUGUAGUGUUGUCUUUGGAAUGUUACUUAUAUACAAAGGUAUUCGAAUGUGAGAUGGUAUUAAACGACAUGUUAUACUUUCAGUGAAGUACUCCAUUGGAAUAUACUGUAUCUAGUGCCAAUGAAGAAAGCACCUAUAUUCUUGCCUCUUGAUCUAGAGAUGAUGGUAGCAUCACCUUGACAGGCACGUGCAUUGCCAACAGGGUUAUAUAGAUAUGGAUAACUCACUCAACGUCAAUCACGAUCAAGGUUCCUGUCACGAGCAAAAGGUACCACACAGCUUUACACAGGAGACUGGUGAAAGCCAGUUUCAGACUGCAGAAGUCGCUGCCUUGUCAACUAAGGUGAUCAAGCUGUCUGACACACUCCAGCACGCCACAUGUGAGAAAAAUGCUAUCGAAAAACAACUUAAAGAAACGCAGCUGGAGAUGCUGUGUGCGAUGCAGGAGAGUGAGAGGCGCUUUCACAACCAGGCGAUACGACACGAGGAGCGACUCGUAGAGCUGCACAGCGUCAUCGCCGAGCUGAGGAAGAAGUUCAGCGAUCGCUACACGAACGUCAUCAGGGAAGAAGAUGAAACAUCAGAACACAGCUGUCCAAGUAAUUGUGGUUUACCAGAUAACAACGAAAACAACCCAAGUGAAUUUGAAAAUGAAGACCUGAAUGCCGAGCUGUCCCGAGUUGUAACAGAACUUGAGAGUGCUAUCAAGGAUGGGAAGCACAUUUCACCGCUCACAACAGAGAUGGUGGCGAAGCGUGAUGAAGGAUGCUUGGACAGGGCUGUCGACGCAGAAGAGCAGGCAAUUCAGGUGUGUCAAGAGAUGGAACUGCUUACGUUUGACCCACGGGUUGAAUCACAGGCGCAGGAAGGUUUUGCAGAGGCUGUCAUGCAGCAACUGCAGAAGGAAAAGUAUGACCUGCAGCAGGAGAAUCAGACCAUACUGUAUCAGAUGGGGCUACAGGAGACCGAAUUAAAUAAGCUGAAAGCGACGCUGGGUGGCGUGCAAGAGGAGAGAGAUAGGCUACGAAACAAGGCUCAUGACUUACAGAACCAGUUGAAUAUGUCUGAAGUGAGCAGUCAACCUGGUAGUGUGUCAAUGUCGCCUACUAAGCACGUGGGCCAGACAGAUAACAGACACGAGGCACUGGUCGGCGGCGGCGGUGGCGGCGGCGGCGGCUCUGUCGCGAAGCUUGCCGAGCGUGUGAAGCUGAAGAAGCAUGAGUACGGAGAGCGGCUGAUCCUCGGUCCCGAGAUCACCAGCGUCGGCCUGCCAAAUGCUAAAGUGGCUGAACACCUGGCAUCCUCACUUCAAGGUGGUUCCAAUGUCGAGGAGAUCCUUCACGGCCUGUUAUUGAACGGAUCUUCAGUAUCGGAGAGCAAGGUGCAAGAGUUUGAGGUAGAGAUAGAGAGACUCAAUGGACGCAUUGAACACCUGAAGUCGCAAAAUGACCUCCUGAACCUGACCCUUGAGGAAAGCAAAAGCCAGUGCGAGAGACUGACUGUUCUCAUGGGAAAGUACGAGUCGAACAACACGGCACUUCAGUUGGCUGUCAGCUACUCGGAUCAGGCGAUCGAGGCGUACGAGGCACUCACCGCACUGUCGGAGUCGGAGCAGGGACUCCUGCUGGCCAAUUGCAGAGCGGCUGGGCUUGGCAGUCUGGAGAACGCUGAGCAGAGUGACGAGGAAGAGGUGGCUUCACUGCUCGAGCGUUUCUCGGAGGGUCGCCGGCACGCCGAGACAAUGGUGAAGCAGUUGCUGCAGCAGCUGGACCGUAACUGCGGCGUGCUGUGCGCCGCCGUCACCGGCUGCUCGCCGCACCCGUGGGAGGAGCUGUCCUCUUCUCACGACUACACGACGAGCACGACGAGUUCGACGUCGAGCUCGUGCGACACGGAGUUCACAAAGAUGGACGAGCAGCGUCUGCGCGACUACGUGCGGCAGCUGCGCGCCGACCGCGCCGCCGUGCGCAUGACCGUCAUGGAGCUGGAGAGCGUGCACGUGGCGGCGCCGCGCGGCGACGAGCCGCCGCUGUCUGUGCCCGACGCGAAGAAACUCGACCUGGAGAACGCCGUACUCAUGCAGGAGCUAAUGGCGAUGAAGGAGGAAAAAACAGAAUUAAAGGCCAUUAACUAUAUGCUGGGAAAAGAGAAGAAGGCGCUUGAACUGCACCUAGACAGUUGUGAGUCACGGGAACAUGCGUCUAACCUCCAUAUCACUCAUCUGAAAGCUACCAUUGCAGAACUUGAAGAGAAACUCGAGAAAUUAUCGAGAAAGGUCAGUGAAGGUCACGAAUACGAGGAGAAUCCUGAUGAGGAACUGGCUGCUGGCCUUGCGAGGGAGGCACAGCUGAAGAGUAGGAUACAAGAGCUGCUGCAGACGCUAGAGUCGAUAUCGUCAAAUGCCGAGGAUCGAUAUCAACAGUCAACCGAGUUUGUGAACGAUCUUAAAAAGGCGAAUAGUGCACUUAUAUCUGCUUUUGAGAAAUCAAAGAAAAAACAUCAAAACAAGAUUAAAAGAUUAGAGCAGCAGAUGACUGCUAUGCUAGAGCGGCACACUGGCCAGGUGAGAACUCUGCAGCAGCGCAUACGUCUGCUUGAGGAAGAGAACAGUAGACCACCGACGAAUGAAACCUCCCUCUAAUGACGCUGUUGCACCCGCCAAUGACAUGAUGAACAUUAUACAAAACGUCUUACUUCGCAGUGCGUGGAAGUUUUAAGGGGUCAUUUAAUAACAACAGUUUCGUACCAGUAUAUAUUUUACGUGCUUGUUAUUUUGUGCAAUGACUGAAUCGCUGAAAUGCGAAUUUAAUUUCGCCUAUAGUGGUUUUUAUUAUUUUGUUUGAAUAUUGCCACCUGCUGAUUAUGCGUAAUUAUGAAAACCUUAUCAUAUGUAAUGUAUGUUGAUGGACGGUUGGCCUGCAUAUUGAAGGCUGGAUGGCCUGCGUCGUUAUGGAUAUCCAGCCAUUACAGCUUCCAUAGAUGUCUUCCUAUUGAAAUCCAAUCUGCAUGAAGUCGUGCAUGGAUAGUCCACAGUGUCUCAUGUUUAUUCUGAUAAUUUUUUAUUAGAAAGACACGACGUAUUAUAAGUAGUUGCUCAAUAAAGCCUUUGGACUGUCUUUCAUACAUUCACUUGGCAAUACACGAAUUGGUAAAAUGUUUGAGUUUGCCAAACCAGAACUAUGGAUUGUAAUUGUAAGGAAAACAGUACUUAUGGUAGUCAAGAUCUGAAACCUGUAAGUCUGUCAUAGAUGCACACAGCUACACGCGCGACGUUUGCUAUUCUGGCAGGGUUACAUGAAAAAUGUUGCAAGGUUCGUCACUGAUGUUAUUUUUUUCUGGAAGAAGUAACAAUGGUGUGAAUACGAGAAAUCACGUCCUGUUGUUAUAGCAUUGGACAGUAAAGUUGCCAACAUGUACAUUUUGAGCUUUUUUGGCAAGGAAAACGUAUUGUUAACACAUAGUGCUGAAAUUAUUUAUUUAAACUACGUAUAUAACUUCUUUAAUGUGUAUGAAUUGUAUGGGUAAAAUGUUAUCUGAAUAUUUACUAGUAACAUGCAAUUACUUCCCUUGAAAAAAUUCAUUAUCUUAUAGGUAAUGAUGGCGUGUCACAAAUCAUAGUAAUUGUAAUUUCCCUCGUGAGUGUUAAAAUAUUCUGUAUGCUGUAAAAAAUGUCUGGCUCUACAAUUAAAGUGUAGUAUUUUAUUUUGUACAAUUACCAUUAUAUAAUGACGAAUGCUGUGCGUACGUGCUUGCGUGCGUGCGUGUCUAUCAGGGGGCCCAUGGAAGAUCUAUAUGUUCGUAUAGAUCGCUUACACUACAUAUAUAUUUAUGAUAUUAGAGUUUUUAAAUAUGCAGCAAAUAUCGUCUUUUGUAAAUAAUGUGUGCUAGUAAUGUACAUUAUAUAUGCAAUUGCUCUAUAUCCGUUUGAUCAUUUGAUGAAUAUCGAUAGAAUUUGUUCGUGUACCAUCCGUGAUCCGGAAAUACAUAUGCCGCGUAAUUGCAAAUGUAUUCAGUUGCAGCUGUUCCGUAUUCAUUAUACGGCUUUUUACUACUGUACGUAGCUUGUUAGAUAAAUUAUUAUAGUGUACGUAUGCCUCAACCUUAUAUGAUCUGCAAUUUCCUGAACGAUGCUGUAGUGUUAAUUGUACGUCCGUUUAUUGAUCGUGUCAAAACGAAACUUCCCCGAGAUAUAAAAUCUCAAUAAUUUUUUAUUCGUAGUUUUUGAUAACUAUUUGCCAAGAUAUAUGUUGAAGCUGCAUCCUAGAUGAUAGUUAUGAAUGUGAAUAGUAGACCACUGCUGCCAGGCCUGUUGUUUAAAUUAUUUUUUGGUGAACGUGGGCACACUGCUAGUCGUGAGAAUAUCAUAUGAAUGUAAUUACGUGGUAUGAAAAGUCCGUGAGUCAGUGUGCAUCUAGACUGCAACUUCAGGCAUAUGAUGCCUCUCAGAGUUUCAAUAAAAUUUAUAGAAUUAGUACAUGACGCUGGCUCUAUGUGUUAGUAGAUCGGUGGUAGGACCGAAAGUUGUAUACAAUACAGUUGACUUUACCCAACCAUAUGGCUUGAAAUAUCCUCUCAGGUAAUUAGGUUGAUACAGUGAAAACAUCGUGCUGCUCUUUACGGUGCUUAUGCAGCUCGCCUAUACGUUCACAAACGAUGAUGGUAGUUGCCCCAAGUUCUGUGAUUUGUACAAUUAUACCCCCCCCCAAAUAUGGCUUUAAAAAAUGGCUUUAAAUUUCUUGUAAUAAAUGCCUAAUUUAAA